AUGGAACUGGUAGAUUGCUCUGAUGUCACAGAAUCCUUCCUUACAGAAGACAAAGAUGGAAUGUUCUACAUACAGCGUAUCGUAAAGAAUGAAGAGCUUUGUAUCACACCAAUGUCAGGGAGGAACGAUUUGAACGUUACAAGAAGUCCUUGUCUGGAGGAUCCUGUUGGAUUAACACGUUGUGAUAAGGAUGCUUCCAGAAUACUACUGAUGGAGGAAGGCUUCUUUCAAGAAGACAGGAAAUUGUUAAAGAUGGCUGUUGUACCUCAAAAUAGUUCAUGUGACUUUAAAGCGUGUGGGUUCAACAAAAGAGAGCCGGUGAAACUCCUGCCACCUCACCAGGUGGGAAGAUGUACAAAGCUGUGGGAAUGUGUGACACUUGCAGUAAAAACAACCAGAAGACCACAUCUUAUAUUGCGUCUAGCUGAAUCAGUGAGAGAAAGGCUGGGAUUCGAUCUCCCGAUAGUUGCAUACGACGACGGACCAAACGAUUACCCUGAUGAAAUAUAUCAGCAAAUUGCAGAGUAUCCCUUAUUACAGUACGUAGUGAGUAAAAAUGAAGAUCUUGGUAUAGCUCGAGGGAGAAAUUUGGCUGUUAUGCAGGUCAAGACUAAGUACUUCUUUCUUCUUGAUGAUGACAUCAAGUUCAAUGAAUACACAAAACUCGAUAAACUUGUCGAAAUCCUGGACACUACUGAUGUCACUGUGGCCUCAGCUGCUUACUCAGGAGGAAUCAGCUUUACUGCAUACUUUGAAUUUGGACAUUUCAACGAGAACAAAUCAAAACGUAGACUGGGAGUUUACCAUAAAGCUUGCACACUUGUCAAUCAAACAAUUCCAAACCAUCCAAGCUGUGUCAGAUGCGAUAUUUCUUCAAACGCAUUUCUGGCACGAACCACAGAGAUAUUGGAUAUAGGAGGAUGGGACCCAGAGCUAAUGAUAGUGGAACACAAGGAUAUAUUUAUUAGACUGAAAGCAGCUGGCAUGAAAGUUGCACUUUGCCCGGAUGUGAAAGUAAAGCACGCUCGUCCGUCAAAGAUAUCAGUUAAAGGCGAGGACUACAAAGAAAAACGAAGACGAGGAGGACAAAGGUUUGAUAAGUAUGAUUAUUAA